UACAGACCACUGAUUAUUAAAGAAAACGAUCUUAAUAGAUAUUUAUCCGUUUAUAAUUUAAACGGAACCAAAGCUGCGCCGUUGUUUCUAAUCGGACAGUAUAGCGGCAGUACAUAUAGUACUAUAGUUAGCCAGCUUUUAUACAGAGCUUCUCGAGGUCAAGUUAAACUUCUUUAAGUUUUUUCUUUAACUUUCUAUAAAGCAACGUAUUGUUUUCAUCGAUGCUGUGAUUGUUAAGCAGGUGAGCUGUCGAGCUGCUUAGCUAAGCUAACUGUUAGCACGACUUAGCUUUUCUAAGCUAAUUAAUGGUAUGUGUAACAUUACUGGUCCUGUGUCUCUGGUGCUCAUCGUGUAUGAGGCUUCGGUAACAGAUCACGCCGUUUUGAGCCUUUCAGCUCCAUAUACACUGGGAUAUCUGUGUAAUCAGAGAUUGUCCUAGGGAGAAAAUUUGGAAAUUGUGCAUUAGCAGAAAGUGUACAUGCAAUGAGGGGUGAUGAUUGGGGUUCUGAGAAUGAUCCAUAGCUGUUUUUUGAAGCUUAUGCUUUUCCCAAGUACAUUUCGGAAUAACAGUGUCCUUCCAGCUGCCUCUGAGGUUUUGACGUGUCAUCUUUAUCAGCGCAAACUGCCACCCUGGACAUCCUUUUGUGUGCCCUACAGUGCUGUAAUCAAUGACCAGUUUGGCUUGUCCAACUUCAACUGGCACGUACAAGGUGCCAACUACCACAUCCUCAGAACAGGAGCCUUUCCCUUCAUCAAGUACCACUGUACCAAAGCACCUCCACAAAACCUUGACUUUGAAAACAAAUUCUUUGGCAUACUGAAAGUCAUCAACUUGGGUAUUCCAUGUCUGGCAUAUGGCCUAGGUUCAUGGAUGGUGGCCGGUGUAACAGAAACUGUGCACACUUCAACUGGCCCAGUCACUGUUUAUUUUGCGUAUAAAGAGGUAGACGGCGCCAAGUACUGAUGCUCUUAAAGCUACGUGGAUUAUUGUGUCAUUAUGUCUUUGCUUCAAAAAAUAAUAUUCGAAGACUGAAAUGAAAUCAGUAUAUUUUUGGAUUUCAGGCAACAGUACUUAUUCAAUAAAGCAGCUUCUUUUCACCA